AUGGCCCCUUUGCAAUUUACAAGCGACGACAAUACCGAGGGUGCCCUUGGCGUGAACAAUGACAUCCAGGAGGUCAGCAGCAACAUCUCAAAACCAACAAAGCGCCAGCGAUGGGCGACGACGCGCCAUGCCGGCUCCGGCGGGGUGAAAAAGCGAGUCUCAAUCAUCGACCGGUUUCACAAGCGCACAGAAUCGAGGGAUGAGAAGCGCAAGUCGACCACACCAAGCAGUGCCGCCGACACUGCGUCCACGCAUGUGGACGAGACUCAAGGCUCAGGCCCAAAUCGGACCAUCUACUUCAACACCCCAAUCCCAGAGAGCGAGCGAGAUGAAGAUGGGCGGCCGAUUCAUAUCUAUCCACGCAACAAAAUUCGCACCGCGAAGUAUACGGCGCUGACAUUCGUACCAAAGAAUGUUUGGCUACAGUUUCACAACAUUGCGAACAUAUAUUUCUUAUUCGUGAUCAUCCUUAAUUUCUUCCCAAUCUUUGGUGCCAACAACCCCGGCCUGAACGCCGUUCCCCUGAUCGUCAUUAUUGUUGCAACGGCAAUCAAGGACGCUAUUGAAGAUUGGGGUCGGACGGUUUCCGAUAGCCAGGUCAACAAUUCUCCGGUCUACCGACUUGUCGAUUGGAACAAUGUCAAUUCCACAGAAGACAGCAUUUCCACGUGGCGCCGAAUCAAAAAGGCCUCCACGAGGGGUGCAAUUGCUACGUAUCGUUGGGGGAAGAAGGUUUUCACGAAGAAGAAGCCGCAAGUAGAGGAUUCCCAGGAUGAACUACGCCGGCCCUCUUAUCUCACCACCGCCGAGCCACGGGCCUCGAUCUACUCGCACCGUGACUCUAUGGCUGCGGACGCUGCUAUCCCGAUGACUGCCGUCUCUCCCCCCGCAGCGGAAGUGCGAGAAGAUUGGCCGAUUCCGAAUAAUCCGGAGACCAAGUAUCUUCACCCCGAUAGCGCCGCGCGAGACAGUCUCCUUUCGCCCACCUCGCUUGAUAGGAAGACCGGAAGUAUCUUGGACAAGACAAAGGUGACGCCCGGCACUGCGCGGUUCAAGCGAGACCACUGGAAGAGUAUUCAAGUCGGUGACUUUGUUCGUCUCUACAACGAAGAUCCAAUUCCCGCCGAUAUCGUCAUUCUCUCCACCUCGGACCCGGACGGAGCAUGCUAUGUGGAGACUAAGGGUCUCGAUGGUGAAACAAACUUGAAGGUUCGACAAGCUCUCCAUUGUGGCCGACAGGUUCGACACGCGCGGGAUUGUGAGAAAGCGGAGUUUACGAUUGAGAGCGAAGCACCUCACCCGAAUCUAUACGCGUACAACGGUGCCAUUCGAUGGGACCAGCGUGACCCAAGAUAUCCCGACGCCCCUCGCAAGGAAAUGGUUGAGCCCAUCACAAUCAACAACAUGCUCCUUCGUGGUUGCUCCUUACGCAGUACGGAAUGGGUUCUUGGAGUCGUCGUUUUCACCGGUGGCGAGAGCAAGAUCAUGCUGAACUCUGGCGCGACCCCCGCAAAGCGUGCUCAACUCGCCAAGGACUUGAACUGGAACGUUGUCUACAACUUCAUCAUCCUCUUCAUCAUGUGCCUUCUUGCAGGUAUAAUCAACGGUGUCGCAUGGGCCGCCCCAGACAAGUCUCUAGACUUUUUUGACUUGAAAUCUUACGGCGGAACGCCUCCCGUGACGGGUAUCAUCACAUUCUGGACAGCCCUCAUCCUCUUCCAGAAUUUGGUCCCCAUCUCGCUUUAUAUUUCAUUGGAAAUCGUUCGUACAGUUCAAGCGGUGUUCAUUCACAGUGACAUCUACAUGUACUAUGAGAAGCUUGGUCUCUACUGCGUGCCGAAAUCAUGGAACAUUUCCGAUGACGUGGGACAGGUGGAAUACAUUUUUUCGGACAAGACCGGCACCCUGACCCAAAAUGUGAUGGAAUUCAAGAAGGCAACGAUCAAUGGUAUGGCGUACGGCGAGGCAUAUACCGAGGCUCAAAUGGGCAUGCGGCGCCGUGAAGGCGCUGAUGUUGAGAAGGAAGCCGCAGAGGCUCGCGCCCAGAUCGCUGCUGAUGGGAAAAAGAUGCUGGAAAUGUUGCGCAACAUUCACGACAACCCAUAUUUGAAAGAUGAGAACCUCACUUUUGUUGCACCAAACUUUGUUGCGGAUAUCGCCGGCCAGUCUGGCCAGGCCCAAAAGGCUGCUGCGGAGCACUUCAUGCUUGCCCUGGCGCUGUGUCACUCUGUCAUCACGGAGCACACUCCCGGUGACCCUCCUCAGAUUGAAUUCAAGGCUCAGUCGCCCGAUGAGGCUGCUCUGGUUAGCACUGCUCGGGACUGUGGGUUCACAGUCCUUGGUCGUGCUGGCGACGAUCUCUUGGUGAACGUCAUGGGUGAGGAACGGACCUACACAGUCCUGAACACACUCGAGUUCAAUUCGUCUAGAAAGCGUAUGAGUGCCAUCAUUCGCAUGCCGGAUGGCACCAUUCGUCUUUUCUGCAAGGGAGCCGAUAGCAUUAUCUACUCCCGUCUCGCUCGUGGCAAGCAGCAGGAGCUCCGCCGUCAGACCGCGGAGCAUCUUGAGGAGUUUGCCAAAGAGGGUCUUCGCACUCUGUGUGUUGCUGACCGUCUCUUGAGCGAAGAGGAAUACCAAACAUGGAACCGCGAACACGAUAUUGCCGCAGCGUCCAUCACUGAACGCGAGGAGAAAAUGGAAGAAGUUGCCAGCCAGAUUGAGCAAGAGCUCAUGUUGCUUGGUGGUACCGCCAUCGAAGAUCGCCUUCAGGAUGGAGUGCCGGAUACCAUUCAACUGCUUGCAGAUGCCGGAAUCAAGCUGUGGGUGCUGACCGGUGAUAAGGUGGAGACUGCGAUCAAUAUCGGUUUCUCUUGCAAUCUUCUGAACAACAACAUGGACUUGAUCGUUCUCAAUGUGCCUGAAGGCCAGCGUGAGGUAGCGCUGCAGGAACUUGACAAAAACUUACGUACAUUUGGUCUCACUGGCUCCGAUGAAGAGCUUAUCGCUGCUCGUAAAGACCACACUCCACCCGAACCGACCCAUGCAGUCAUCGUCGACGGUGAGACACUCAAGAUGAUGCUGGAUGACGAAUUCAAGCAAAAGUUCCUCCUCCUUUGCAAGCAAUGCAAAGCCGUCCUGUGCUGUCGUGUCAGUCCGGCACAAAAAGCCGCCGUGGUCAACAUGGUUCGACAUGGUCUCAACAUCAUGGGUCUCGCCAUCGGUGACGGGGCCAACGACGUCGCCAUGAUUCAAGAGGCGGACGUGGGUGUCGGCAUUGCUGGUGAGGAAGGUCGACAGGCCGUCAUGUCUUCUGAUUACGCUAUUGGACAAUUCCGAUUCCUCCAGCGCCUGCUUCUGGUGCACGGCAGAUGGUCUUAUCGUCGUUUGGGAGAGUGUAUUGCGAACUUCUUCUACAAGAAUCUGGUCUGGACGCUUGCCCUCUUCUGGUACUGCAUCUUCAAUAAUUUUGACUGCUCGUACCUCUUCGACUACACCUACAUUAUUCUUGUCAACCUUGCUUUCACCUCUCUUCCGGUCAUUUUCAUGGGUAUUUUCGACCAAGAUGUUGAUGAUCGUGUGUCUCUUGCCGUGCCCCAGCUCUACAUGCGAGGCAUCGAGCGCAAGGAGUGGUCGCAACUCAAAUUCUGGUUGUACAUGUUCGAUGGAUUGUUCCAGUCGGUCAUAUGUUUCUUUAUGCCCUACAUGCUAUACUCAGAGGGAGACUUUGCCACUGAAAGUGGUCGCACUAUCUCUGAUCGAACUCGAAUGGGCGUCCUCGUUGCUACCGCUGCUGUCAUUGCCAGCAAUGUCUACAUCAUGAUGAAUACCUACCGAUGGGAUUGGCUCACUUGCCUGAUCAAUUUGAUCAGCUCGCUUCUCAUCUUCUUUUGGACAGGAGUCUACUCCUCUUUUGUCGAGGCCGGUCUAUUCUAUGAUGCAGCUCAUGAGGUCUAUGGUGCCCUCAGUUUCUGGGUUGUAUUGCUGGCAACCGUUAUGAUUGCGCUGCUUCCCCGCUUCCUUUACAAUUCUGUUCAGAAGGUGUUCUUCCCUCUGGAUGUGGACAUUAUUCGUGAGCAAGUCACGCUUGGCAAAUUCAAACAUCUUGAACAGUAUGAGGACUAUGUGCCUCCCAACGUGGGCGGUGCUGCGAUUUUGGGAGACGAAUCGGCUACUUCCUCGGAUCUUGGCAAAGCCGUGGAGACGCCAGUUAAGCACGACUCUACGGAUCCUAACCAACCUACCCGUUACUUCACUCCGUCUCCACACACCAAUGGCCAUAAUCCCCGCAGUCAGAACGGUAGCAACGGUACCAAUUAUACUGAGAGUCUGGAUCAACGCCCGCUGCCGCAGUCCGUGGACUAUGUUCGGCGUUCCCACGACCGCACCCGCCACUCCUUUGAGAGAUGCCGGCAAAGCUUUGAGCAAAGUAAUGACUUCACUUCAGCAGCUCGGCUCUCGCGUAUGGAAUCAAGUCACACCCAGCGGUCCUAUCAGGAUCCUUUCCAGACUCCUGACGAGCAUCCUGUGAACAUGAUGUGA